AUGAGAUGUGACUCCUCAGAUCUCACAGUGGCUACUACUGCCUGCUCCUCGGCCCCAGCCGUGAAACUGUCCAAAGGGGCCACGAACUCUGUGCUCUACGGGCAGCACCCAGAGAAGGUGGUACAGGUGCCCUCACAGCAGGAGGUAAAGCAGGCCCCUGUGGUCACAGCCAGGAUCUAAGGUCCGGGGCCUGCCAAGUACCUCCGGCCAUCCUGCACAGGCUACAUCGACCUGGCAUCUCUAGUUCCAGAGCCGGCCUAUACCCUGCAUGCCCGGCACUCAGAGAGGCGAAUCACAGGCACACGCAACCCUGGGCCUUGCUACUUCUUGGACCCUAAAAUAACUCGGUCUGGAAUGUCCAGCUGCCCUCAGGUCCCCGUGGAGGAACGCAUCUCCAACCUGCGCCUGAGCCCCACCCCAGCCCUCUCCCAUUACAACUUGGAGAAGACCCGGCCAUCCGGGGAACGCAGGGCUCCCCGGUACACCUUUGGCUAUCGGUGUCCAUAUAGAGUGAUGGACCCCAGUCCAGCCCCCAAUAAGUACCAGCUGCCACUAUUGCUGGGGCCCAACAUCCCUGUCAGCCAUGCUGCUCCUUGCUACAGUUUGGCCUCCAAGGACAAGAACUGGUUCUACGAGGAGAACGUGGCAGGAGGUCCUUAGCCUGCCAUGCACGCCCGGCCUGAGCCAUCUGUCUACCAGAACUGCAGCCCAUCUACAGUAUGACCAAGUGCCUACCUGGUGUGCCACACGCUGUGGCCUGGUCCUGCCUCCCACGACGUCCAGUGGGUCACGGUGCACAAGCUCUGGAUACCUGCUUUCACUCUGGGCAUCAAGCACUCAUCCCACCUGUGCCCGCUGGUCAUUGACGUUCACGACUGA